UUACUGGGACCUGUGCAUGCUCCUGCUGCUCGUCGCCAACCUCAUCAUCCUGCCCGUCGCCAUCUCGUUCUUUAACGACGACCUGAGCACGCGAUGGAUCGCCUUCAACUGCCUCUCCGACACCAUCUUCCUCAUAGACAUCGUCGUCAAUUUCCGCACCGGUAUCAUGCAGCAGGACAACGCGGAACAAGUCAUCCUUGACCCAAAGCUCAUCGCGAAGCACUACCUGAGGACGUGGUUCUUCCUCGACCUCAUCAGCUCCAUACCAUUAGAUUACAUCUUCCUCAUCUUCAACCAGGAUUUCAGCGAGAGCUUCCAGAUCCUGCACGCCGGCCGGGCGCUGCGCAUCCUGCGGCUGGCCAAGCUGCUCAGCCUGGUGCGGCUGCUGCGGCUGUCGCGCCUCGUCCGCUACGUCAGCCAGUGGGAGGAGGUCUAUAUCUUGCAGAAUCUCCAAAAAAAGCGCACUGAAAGGAGGGGACGCCUCAGCACGGAUGCCCCAAAGAAGUCAAAGUUCAGCAAAAGCAAUCUGAUUUUUAAGUUCCUCAACAUGGCCAGUGUCUUCAUGCGAAUUUUCAACCUCAUCUGCAUGAUGCUCCUGAUUGGACAUUGGUCUGGCUGUCUACAGUUCCUUGUACCAAUGCUUCAAGGUUUCCCAUCUAACUCAUGGGUUGCAAUCAAUGAGUUACAGGGGGCAUUCUGGUUGGAGCAAUAUUCUUGGGCUUUGUUCAAGGCCAUGUCACAUAUGUUGUGUAUUGGAUAUGGCCGCUUUCCUCCUCAGUCAUUGACUGAUAUGUGGCUUACAAUGCUGUCCAUGAUCAGUGGUGCAACAUGUUAUGCACUUUUUCUUGGUCAUGCCACAAACCUCAUACAGAGUCUGGAUUCAUCGAGGCGGCAAUACCGUGAAAAGGUGAAACAAGUUGAAGAAUACAUGGCGUACCGGAAGUUACCAAGGGAGAUGCGGCAAAGAAUAACUGAAUACUUUGAACACAGGUACCAAGGAAAAUUCUUUGAUGAAGAAGCAAUACUUGGAGAAUUAUCAGAAAAGCUUAGAGAGGAUGUAAUCAAUUACAACUGCCGGUCUCUGGUUGCAUCUGUUCCAUUUUUUGCUAAUGCAGAUUCAAACUUUGUAUCUGAUGUUGUUACCAAACUUCGAUAUGAAGUGUUCCAGCCAGGUGACAUCAUCAUCAAGGAAGGAACCAUUGGUACCAAAAUGUAUUUUAUUCAAGAAGGUAUAGUUGACAUUGUCAUGGCAAAUGGAGAAGUUGCUACAAGCUUAAGUGAUGGCUCUUAUUUUGGGGAAAUCUGUCUGCUGACGAAUGCACGUCGUGUUGCCAGUGUGAGAGCAGAAACUUACUGUAAUCUCUUUUCCUUAUCAGUGGAACAUUUCAAUGUCGUUCUAGACCAGUAUCCUUUAAUGCGUCGCACCAUGGAAAGCGUGGCAGCUGAAAGACUGAACAAGAUUGGAAAAAACCCCAAUCUUGUCUCUCACAGAGAAGAAGAUAUGGGCAGUGAAAGCAAAACCAUCAAUGCUGUUGUGAAUGCUCUAGCAGAACAAGCAGAACAUGUAAAUACCUCAGAAGAAUCCGUUGAACAUGGUUCGAGUGACAAAAGCAUACAUGAGUUGGGACGUAACUUGCACGAGUUAGGAAAAACUUUACAUAGACUAAAUCUUCCUCGUCCCAAAUCUGAAAAUAGUUUUGCUGCAUCACAAGAGUUGCCGAUGAGUCGCCCAGCGUUCCACAAGUCUGAUACCUUCCAAAAGGAUACUGCCUUCCAGUGACAAGUGCGCGUUGCUGAUAGUCCGUUUUUCUGCCAGGUUCUCUGGCUCAUAAACAAUAGUAAAACUGAGAUGCUUACUUAUCUUUUUCAUUAUUUUUUGUUUUCAUUUAGACAGAAAUAGUGCUCUAUUCUUAUUGACUUUCAGAGACUGCACUGCAAAGCUGUAAUUCAGAUUGAAUUGUACAUCAUUUUCUGGUGCUCGGACAGUGAUUUAACCAGAUUUUUUCCAUCACAAUGAUUUUGCCAAUAGUAACUGUGAAAGACAUAUGUUCAGGUGAAAGCUAGAAAUUGUGCAAUAUUAGAAGAUACAAAAUAAUAUAGCUUUAACUUAGGGUGCUCAAUAAAGUUAAUAGGGAGCUGCGUUUUUACACCCAACCUGUUUUACAGUACAUGUGGUGUAAUAGAAUAUUUUACUAGGUUAUAUUCAUAGAAAAGUAAAACUAGGCCUAAAUGUAAAGAGAAUAUAUACACAAAAAUAUAUAUUUAUCCUUAAUGGCAGGACCAUUAUUAGGAAUAGAUACAGAGUUCUUGUUGAGAUGGUUCUAUAUUUGUUCAUAGAUAUUUUCAAACAGGCAAAUGUUUAUUAAAAAAAUGAAAGUGGCUUUUUUAAAUAAAAGAAUCCACUAUAUAUUAAGAUCCAUUUGGGAUGAAAAUGUUUAUAACAUAAUAAUUUAAUCUCAACUUAUUUUGAAGUUUAUUUCAUUACUUUAAUAUUAUAUCAUUUUCAGUGAAAUUGUGGCACCUGGUAUGCAACACAUACUUCCUUUUUGUUUACUCUGUGAACAGUUAUGGUAGGCAGCAACAUGAAUAUUAGAUGUGGAAACUGACUGCUCAGUCUGAAUUUACUUGAAAAUUUUCUGCCAUGGAAAACUUGGAACACAUGCUAGCUUUCAUGUUUUUUAUAUUACAGCCAUUUUUAUAAUACUCAGAACAGCUUCUGUAAAUAAUAUAUCCGUUACCUUGAAACAAAUAGUGAGAAAAUCAAAUCCUUUAAAUUACUGGCAUAAAGCUAGGCAGAUUUAAAGCAAUAAAUGAAUUCUCAAUCACAAGCAGGUGGACUCCUACCAAAUAUUGUUUUUAAAAAAAGAAGAAAAGAAAGUAGACACUACAAAUAUGUAUGUGAACACCAUGUGUAAAUAACAAAGAAUGUUUUGUAGAAGAAAAGAAGUUUGACAGUUUCUUGAAGUGUGUAAGGUACAAUAUUGUCUUAAGCCUCAAAAAUAAAAUAAAAAAAAUGUGAUCUAGAGAAUACAGAUAUAUUUAAAAGAAUAUUGUCAAUGACACUACAUUCACAGUCAACACAUUAGCAGUAAAUCAUCACAGCAACUGAUCCUGUCAAAGGAAAAUGUGGAAGAAGUACAUUGAUUUUUUUGUAACUAAAAUAUUUGUUUUGCAAAAAAAAAAGUCUUCAUGUUAACUUGCAAUUUUAGAUUGUAUAACUGUUUUCAUGAUACAUAUUCAAUGUAGUGUCUAUGCUAUCUUAUCUUAUUUUUUUUAAUUCUGUGGCAAAGAAUUUGCAGCAUUUCAUUAAGAAAAACACAGUCUAAAAUACAGCAGCUAGUAAUACUAGUUUCAACUAGUUGUUGUUAUAGCAAAAUUCUUUGCUCUUUAAGUGUACUUAGUCACUUUUGUUUUCUGACACUUUUACUGUAUUAUUUAUUGAAAGACUGCUUCCUGUUUUCAGAACAGCAUUUCUUAAAAUCAACUAGCACAUAAGUAAUUUAAUAGAGAGGUGUGUAAAGAAUAUGUGUACAAUGCGUGUAAAAGAUGUGAAAGUGUUUGCUAGUAAGUCUCAUGAAAUAUGUUGUUGGAAUAGGUGAAAAUAAGUUGCCGAUAUUUUUUACCAAAAGUGCUCAUUGUUGUUAAAUAGAACUGAAGAAGAUUGUUUAUGUAGUUUUAAAAGUGCCGAUCGUAUGCAGUGAAAGUAAUGCUGAUACUCUAAACUAAAUGUAGCUGGACUCUGAUGCUACUCUGUUGCUACAUUAUUUCUCCAAGGAUACUGAAAGCAAUUUUAUGGUAUUGUUAAGAUGUUUAUAAACAAAAAACUCUAUUUUAAAAAUCAAGACAAGUUGUAAUACAAUUGUCAUACAAACCCAUUAUCUUUUAUCAUUUGUUAUGAAACCUGUGUAAAUUUAAAAAGUGUGACUUUCCGUUCACAGCAUUGCUGUUAAACAAACUCAAGUGAAAAAAAGGAAAAAUCCUCAGUCUUUGAAAAAAAUUAAGUGACUCAGAAACUUAAGUUUAAAAUGAACACUGAUGAGUUCAUGCAAUAAAGGAAGGAGUAUCAUUCAACACUAAAUAUGUGAUAGAACUAAUCUUCAUCCUUUCCUACAAAUCACCUGUUACAUAUUGCACCUGUUUUGAGUUAAAUGUAUUUGCUCAGUAAUUGAAAAAAAAAAUUCAUACACCCGAGUU